GGGGUCAGGCAGGCGGGCACUCUCUCUCUCAGUCGCCUGUGCGCAGGAGUGGGCUGGAGGGAGCAGGAGCAGCAGCCGCGCCAGGCCCAGCGCUCCGACCUUUGGGGAAUAAAGAAUAACAGUAAUACUAAUAAAAAGCACAAGGAAACACCGCGGGCUUCUCCGAGUCCGGCAUCCCAGCUCGCUCCGCCAUGCCGAAGAGAAAGGUGAACGUGACCGAAGAAGAGCCAAAGAGGCGAUCAGCACGGCUGUCCGUUAAACCUGCUGCUGCCAAAGUAGAAGCAAAGCCAAAAAAGCCAGCUGCAAAGGAUAAAUCUGAGGAAAAGAAAGCCCAAACUAAAGGGAAAAGGGGACCAAAAGGGAAACAAACUGAAGAGAUUAAUGAAGAGGAAAUCAAGGAUAAUUUGCCUGCAGAAAAUGGAGAAGCAAAGAAUGAAGAGACUCCAGUUUCUGAUGCUGCGGGAGAGAAAGAAGCAAAAUCUGAGUAACGUCUUUGUACAAAGUCUUUAAUCAGUGGUUCCUAUACCACCAUCCUGUAUAAUUCAGAGGAAUAUUUUUAUCAACUAUUUUGUAAAUGCAAGUUUUUUUAGUGGUUUUAGAAAACACAUUUUUUAAACAUGGGGGGGAUGUCCUCCAUAUCCCAUUUAAUAUAGGUGAGUGUAAAUGCUUCCUUUUAAAAGGUAAAAAUCAUGUUUGGUUGUCUACUCUCUGCAACCAGUAUUUGAUGGAAUGUUAAAUAAAAGAUAAAUUUCAAAAUCUUGAUUACUUUCAGUACAAUCCUGUGCAUAUUUUCUAAGAAGCAAGUUCCAUUGAUUUUAGCGGCACUUACUUUUUAGCAAGCGUGCAUUGGAUUCCAGCCUUAACAUUCCACAGGCCAGGGUGGGCAACUUGCAAUUUACAUGUGGCCCUUGAAGCUAUCUUUGUGCAGGAUUUCAACUACCCUGAAUUUAACAUGGUUUCUUUAAAUGUUUGCCCUCACAUUUUCAAAGCAAUUUGAGGAUGGAAAACAUGCUUAGUAUAUAUGCCAGUAUGGUUGCCAGAGGUAAACAAAGUUGCUUAUCCCUACUGUAUACUGAGGGAUAGCUUUUAUAAGAUAUUCGUAGAAGCAGAGCACAGAUAAAAUGUUGACUUCCUGACAAAUAGGAUUUUUUUUUCACACUUAACACUUGCCUCCCUAAUUUGUCAUCAGAACGCUUCCUCAGUGAAAACUGCUCCCUGAUGUUGGAUCUCCCUUUCAGAUUUGUUUUGAUUGUGGCAGAGUUAUUUUUGGUAGUGGUAGUUUAUUUUUUCAACAGCUUUGUAAUGUGUUGUGAAAGACUGAAAAUUUGGGUGUGUAGUGUGUGUGGUGUUCAAUUACUAAGUAAACAAAUUUUGGGGUAAAGCAGACUUGACUUCACAAGACAGUAUUUUAGACACUGGUACUUUUCUACUUUGAAUUAAUGGUCUAUUAAGGAGUUGUCAUAAUUUGUCAUAUGACAGUGGUUUACAUUUGAUUACUGGAUGAAAAAAUCUUUACAAAUAGUUAAUGUCUGUAUGGUUAAUCCAACAAGAUUCAAUAAAAUAUUAAUUAUAAA